UGUAUAAUACUUUAACAAUAAAACCAGAUACCACAAAUAUGAAUUAUCUAUCAAAAUGUAUUAUAAUAAUAAUAAUAAUCAUCAUCAUCAUCAUAAUCAUUGUAUUUUGAUUAUAUUCCUGUAUGACUCGUGGUAUUUUAUUUAAUGAUGGGAAUGAAAUACGAGGUAGGAGUAUGAAAUAUUAUUAUUAUUUUAUUUUUGUUGUUGUUGUUAAAUUAUUUAACUUCUAUUGUUAUUUCCUAGGUUAUUGUAUAACACAAUAGCAAACCCUGACGUAUGUUAGCUUAAGAUUAAUGUUUAGGAGUUGGUGGGUGAUAAUUGUUAGAAAAUCGUAUUGGUGUAUUUCAGAUGUGUACCUUUGAUACACCGAUAGGAUGAGACGACUAUUUAUCGAUCGAUUCUCGAUGCAAUCCGUUAAGAGUGGGGAAAAUCUAUUUGAGGCUUUCUCAGAGGCGUCGGACUUGCAACGAGAAUCGGUUAAAGUUUAAGGAGAGUCGCCUCGUGGUUGCAAAAGGUGAAGGAGUGUCGUGUGAAAAUACUUUUAAUAUAAUAAAACACAAUUAAAAGCGAAAGUUUCAUCGAAACGAAAUAAAACGAAACGAAACGAUAGAUUUUUCACGAAAUUCUCGCGAAUAUUAGGAUUCACCUGACACCAACGUUCUCAUUUAUUUUAUAUUAAGACGAUUACAAAACAAAAUGCCGUCGGACGAUCCACUUCGCAACGAACCAUUGGUAUCCGUUGAAUUUGAAGUUUUUGGUAAAGUUCAAGGUGUAUAUUUUCCUAAAUACGUGAGGGAUCUAUGUCUGCAACUUGGGAUUUGUGGUUGGGUUAAAAACAGUAAAACAGGAACGAUUCUUGGAAAAAUGGAAGGACCUCGUGCAUUCGUCGAUCAGAUGGCACAGUGGCUAUCAACACAAGGAAGUCCAGGAAGUGAAAUUGACCAUUGCGAAUUUACAAUGUGGGAGUAUGUUACGAGACGUAGUUAUAAAGGUUUUGCUAUACGUUUUUGAGAAUGAAAAUUAUACAAUAAUACUGUUAACAUUUAUUUUUCUAUGCCAUUGCGAAAUGAUGAAUGUUUUUUGAAGAUUUAUAAUUUAUAAUAAUGGGAACAUUUGUGUAUGUAUGGAUGUAAAUAGGUAUGCAUAUGUUAAUUAGUUAUAUCCACGAUAUAAAAACAAAUAUGUAAAUAUGAGAUAUUCAUUAAGAAUCUUCAAUAAAAUCAAUAUGAAAAUAAACAAAAUA